AUGCAAACUGCUGUCGACUGCAAUGGCAGCAGCAGCAGCAACAACAACACCACAACCACAACCAUCAUGGAAAGUAGCAAUAGUGGUAGCAUUGGAGGAUGUAACGGCGGCGCCGGUGAGCUCUUAUCGCACGAACAGUCAACUACAGGGCCACCGUCACGAUCUACACCAGCCGUUCUACUAACGCCCGUAGCGAUGCUAGAGCAAACAAAUGUGCUGCGUCAUCGCUUGCAAGUUGGCGUUGGUGUGGGUCACAGUAUCGGCACGUCCGUGAUGAACUAUGGUUGCCCGGCUACGGUGGGGGUUAGCCAUAAAAUAAGUAGUACACCAACACAUCUCAUCGAUAUGGCCGAGUAUCUGGGCAGUAAUAUCGAACGCAUGUCCGUUACACCAUCACCUUCACCGCAAGCGUCACCAUCAAAAAAAGUACUACAGAGAAAUGCUGAAACAGCGCCAACCCUAACACCAGCACCACCGCCACCACCACUGAAGUCAGCGUCAAAUGCUGAGCUAAUGUUGGUGCCUAGUCAAAGCAAUAAUUCUAGCUCGACCUCUAGCAGCAAUUCAAGUUCAAAUUCGUCUACAUCAUCUGUGAUCGCAACACCAGUUAGUAUUAAGCGAGAAUUGGCGAGACGGCGUGCACAGUACGGCGAAGCGAACGUCGACGAUGUUGGUGGCGUCGGUGGAGUGCUCGGUGCAACAGAAGAUAUUUUAGCUUUAAAUGGCAGAGAUCGUGCCGAGAGACGAGAUAUACUCGCAAAUAGAGGGCUUCCACUAAACACUGCAAAUCAUGAAGAGCAUUUGUCAGUGAUCACACCAACGACACCAUUGACGCCGUUAACGCCAACGCUCACAUCGUCAUCGCCAUCGCUAUCAUCAUCGUCGAGCUCGGUAGCGCCCAGUACGAAAUCGGCUAGCCAUAAAUCGUCUACCGAAUCUUCGUCAUUGAUUAGUUCUACAGCCGUUACGCCGACGAAAAAUGCAUCGAAACUAAAUUCGCUCUCAACAACGAUAUUACCCGCGUUCAAUUCCCCAGCACAGCUGCAGCAUAUUUACGAAAUGCCAAAAUAUUUGCAAUUCAAUCCGUAUGUGCUCAACGGUUAUCGUCCACUGACUACAUUCAGAGGCUGCCUGUUAAGCUUAUUCUACUGGCAUAAUGAAACCGUUAACAUACUCACGCACGGUAAGUGGCAUAUGACAGUGGAAGAAACCACUUACGGUUAA